GCUCGUCAGCCAUAUUAGUCUUCAUGGCUUGUGCAUUGGUUGUUUAUGGAAAGUUUGUUUGUGUGUACGACUUGAGUGCAGUGGGAUUAUGUGAUUACCCUUGAUACUUGGAAUAAUGGAUAUAUCUCCCGGCCUGCACGACAGGUGCCACACCCGGUCCACUCACAGGCACAACUCGGGUGCUCGCACACGCGCGAAAAACAAAUCGUUAGCUGGAUCCACUGCGCUCGCAGGUGCAGUGCGGCUGGGCAGCUUCAGCAAGGGUGAUGCACUGCCGAAACGGGAGGAGCUACCCCACACUGCUGACGGAUAUGACACCCAAGGUGUUCUGCUGGUUCAACGGUGCCUGAUCGUGCGGCGGGAUGAGAAGGGCUAUGGUCUGACUGUCUCAGGCGAUAACCCUGUUUUCGUGCAGUCUGUCAAGCCAGGUGGGGCAGCGGCACGGGCGGGUGUUCACCAAGGUGACCGUAUCAUCAAAGUCAAUGGGACGUUGGUGACACAGUCCAACCACCAGGACGUAGUGCAUCUUAUCAAGUCGGGAGCACACGUGGCACUCACCUUGCUUGGACCACCUUCUACUGGUGCGGGUGGUGGUGAGCGGCCAAACAACACUGGCAGUGGUGGAACCACCAGCACGGCACCUGCAGCCUCACCCCCCAGCCACCAGCCGCUAGUUUCGAAACAGUCUUCAGAACGUAUCACUGGGCCCCAACCGGUUGAUCCUGAAAAGCAACAACAAUGCACAAACAUCUCGUACCUGACAAUCAAGAAGAUGCUGGAAAAGGAGCAGGCAUACCUGAUGCAAUUGCUGCACGAGUAUGGCAAAACGUCGUCCGAGAAAAGCCAUGCCGAGAUGCAGAGCGCCCGCAAGCGCAUUGCUCACUUGGAGACACAACUGUUGGCCUUGCGGAACUCCAAUCAGGAGGCCAGCGCUGCUGCUCCUCGUCAGCGCUCGGCCACCGAGGCCCGUCGGAGUACGGAAGGACCCGAGGGGCUGCGCUCGAGUUCCUUCCACGUAGCACCUCAUGCGACAACAACGGGGCGUCCCCGGUCGGGACCACUGGCAAGCUCGGCUUCGUUAGAGAACCUCUCGCAUGCGCUCGGGCCCAGUCCGUGGAGUGUUCCGACGCAUUUGCGGCAGCGGUCAAGCCCCGAGACUCUGCUGUGCACCCUCGAAGGCCCCCUUGGCCCAGUGGAGGAGCCGCCCAUGGGGCCUAGUCUUGACCUAGGGCUUGCACCUUCAUCCUGCACGGACAAUCCCCCGGUGACCCCUGUUAGAGACCCCAGUGACCUGUCAGAGACAUGGCGUGGGGAUGACACAGCUGAAGAGGCUGACAACACCUCUGAAGAGGGAUUCCUGGAAGGUGAGCUUCCCGGAUUGGACGACAGCCUUGAAGGCCGACCGUUGCAGUACGGCACUCCUCCAGAAGGACCACCCCCUACUGGUGGCCGCGUGCCAGUGCAGCAGAGUAGCAUUCUUUCCAUGGACGACGAGGAACGAACCUCAGACAACGAGCUGACGCAGUUGGGGGACAAUGGUCCUUUCAACAACAUCUGGAAACUUCUGCGCCAUCCUGCACACUUGGCUGUGUUCCUGCAUUACCUGCUUUCAAGCCAGAUGAAGCCCUCCAGCCUGCUGUUUUUGAUAAUAACGAACUUGUACAAGCUGGGCACUGGCAAGGAAAUGAAGAAGUGGGCCUACGAGAUCACCUCCACCUUUCUGGUGCAAAAUGCGCCUCUUGGUAUCGAGAACAUUGACGAGACCAUACUAAAGGAAAUUGUCAGGGCACGUGUGUUGAUUGGCUGUGGAGAAGGUGUGGGACCAGUGGUGCACCUUGCAGACAAAGUUCUGCAGACAAGCCAGGAACAGCAGGGCCAGGAGGAAGACGAACUCAAGGACAUCUUCCUCAAGGCACGAGAAAAGGCCAUGGAGCAGCUCAAGCGCCUGCUGGUCGAGUUCAGGAACACCCGCACCAUUGGGUUGUCGGGGUUGUACAUGCCGAAUGACGUGACGCUGGAUGACUCGCUGAGGGACAAAAACGCUGAGCUGCACAUAGUGGAGUCCCUGCUCCUCACGGAGCUUGAAACGCUGGGGAAAGAGGACCCAGAGAAUCUAUCGGACUACAAGUCUGCCCUGGCGUCUGCACUGGCCACAGUGCUAAAGAGCUUUGGUGUCAAGACACCCAAUGCAGUGGCCCUCAUUGAGCGGUUUCCCACCUUCGUAGCCCGUGAAAAGUCACGCCUGAAGUUCUUUCCUCGCAAUAAGAAGUUUGCAUUUCAGACGAUCCAUACGCGAGGCCACCACUUCCAGUCACAGCAGUACCACCGCGUCACCUACUGCAACCACUGCCAGCACAUCAUCUGGGGUGUCGGUGACCAGGGCUACCAGUGCACCAACUGCGAGAUGAAUAUCCACAAAACAUGUGUGCGAGUGGUGGAGGAACAGUGCAUUGGCUCGCUGUCACUUCCACAUAAGAAGGGCAAAAAGAAUCACCGCAUGUCUGGUCUGAACCUCAUGGAGGGCAUCAAGACCAAGGCACGCCGCCCGAACACUCGCCGAGUCACCCAGCACUCUGUGGAGGACUGGAGCGGCAACCUCGACCAAACCACGCUACCCCUGGACAAUGAUCGGAGCCGUCCAGAGACCGGUGAUGAGUGUGAAGCCUCCGUGAUGGGUGGUGCUGCAGAGCUGCUUGACAGAGGGGCUGCCCGCAAGAACUCUGCCACUGCUGUCGGGCGUUCGGAGAGCUUUCGCCAAAGAAGAGAAACGCGGCCAUCUUAUCGGAAGCGUAGCGACCCCAACAUCCCAAGGUCUAAGAGCGAUGUGGACGUUGAUGACAAGCCAACCAACCUCAACAACUCGGGCAGUUCAUCUAACUCCAGCCUUUCUACCAGGAGCUUGGAGAGUCCGAGUCAGUCCUGGGAGGCGGUGCAUCGCGGUGAAGUGCCCGCACUUGGUCCAUUCGAUGACUCUGACUUGGAGUGGGACUUGGAGCCGCCGGACUGGCAGGCUGCACUGGGCCGCGAGACCCUGCGGCAGCUCAAACCCAAGGAGAAGAAGCGACAGGAUGUGCUGAACGAGCUGUUCCACACGGAACGGUCGCAUGUGCGUACGCUCAAGGUGCUUGAGCGCAUCUUUCGGCGACCCCUGCAGCAGCAGGAGCUGCUGGCUCCUGAACUACUGCAGCGGCUCUUCCCUAACCUGGACGAGCUGCUGCGGAUUCAUCAAGGCUUCAGCAGCCUAAUGAAGCGGCGGCGAGCUCAGGAGCCACUCAUAGGCGACAUCGGCCCCAUGAUGCUUGCCAUGCUUGACGGUGAGUCUGGCGAACGACUCCAGCAGGCAGUGGCCACAUUUUGCCAGCAUCAGUCUCUAGCCCUGGAGGCCCUGAAGGCAAGGCAGAAGAAAGAUCAGAAGCUGGCACAGUUCCUUGCCGAUGCAGAGAUGCACCCGCUGUGUCGGCGGCUGCAGCUGAAGGACCUGGUUGCGGCCGGAUUCCAGCGUCUGACGAAGUAUCCAUUACUGAUUGAGAAUGUGGCCAAACACAGUGCCCUGGGUUCCACUGAGCAUGCCCAGCUGCAGCGUGCCUUGCAGUGCUCCAAGCGGAUUUUGGCACACGUCAACCAGGCCGUGCGCGAAGCCGAGAAUGCACAUCGUUUGGCAGAGUUGCAGCGACGCCUGGACAAAAGUGCCCUAGACAAGGUCGAGAACCACCCCCUGAGUCCAGUGUACAGGCACUUGGACCUCAAGCAACAUCGGCUGGUGCACGAAGGUGCACUGACGAUGCGGCUGCCUCGGCAGAAGCCACUCGAUGUCCAGUUGGUGCUGCUAGAAGACCUACUUCUGGUUCUGCAACGUCAAGACGGCAGCGAACGGCUGGUGCUGCGCUUUUACUCAGUGAGCCUGCCAACAGCCACGGCCGAGGACCGCAUGUUGCAAUGCCCCGUCAUGCGGCUACGGCACCUGCAUGCCCGUGAUGUUGCCACCGACGCACGUGCCUUUUUUCUCCUGGACACUGAACCAGAGCAGCGUGCCAUGUGGGAAUUCGCUGCGGCCUCAGCUGUUGAGAAACGGAGUUGGCUAGAGCACAUUGCUGCUGCCACGCGUGCACACGCGCCUCCGGGUGAAGAUGAAGGCAAACAGGCUCCGGACACAACCCCUGUCGACACACCUGAAGUGCUUGACCCUGCUGUAACCGACCAUGAGGAAGAGGAGGUGCCUACGGAGGAAGGAGAGAACAAAGAGGAGCCGGCAGCCCCGGUGGCUGAUCAGUCAGACAAAGAAGAGCCUGCCAAGGAGGAGGGCUCCAGCAAGGAGAUAUUGGUCGGGGCUCCCGUGGCAACCCCCUCGGUGGCCCAGGGAGGCCUGUCCUUGGUGGACUUCCAAGAAGUGGUCGUGGUGCCCAGUGCUCCUUGUGAAACAGCCACACCUGUGCUCACUCCCAUUGAGCGACUUCGACGCCAGGACCAACGGGUUCUCUCAGCCCUGGCUGAGAAGCAGGCGCUGCUUGCAGAGAUCCUGCGAAUCCCCAGUGAAGACUACGUUCACAUGGCUGAGAUCUCGGAAGAGAUGAAUGCUGAGAAGGGCCUCAUGGAGCUUCUACUGCAAGUCACUUACCAUGCGAACCAACUACCGGUGCUGAUCAAUGAGGCGAUGAACGUCACGGAGGAGGACGCUGUUGCUGCUGCCUCAAGCCCUGAAGGUGCAGCUCGCCAUCAAGGAGUGUGCCCUCACCGCCUGCUGUCAUCUGUACAGCCAUUACUGCGCUACCUCGUUCUACUUGUUCCGAGCCUGGCUGAGCUGGAGCAAGAAAGACAGCGGUUGCGCCAGGAGCUGUCGCGCUUGCAGGAUGCCCGACAACUGCCGCCCUGCGAGGAGCCUGAUUAUGGAGGUGCGAUUGCAGCGGCUGAUGACGACAUUGCAAUGGCUCCGGAGUGCUGCCGUGAGGCUGCUGUGCAGACGCAGGAAGAGGCUGUCUGCCACUGUCCGACCACGGACCUGGAUGCAGACGACGAGCUGCCACAUGACGAACCGCAACCGGCUCAGGCGCAGCCCGUCUACUUUUAAUGAAGCACAAGUGCCUACUGCAUGCCCUACCCCUCACCAGUUGUAGAUACCUUGCCCAGAGGAGGGGGAGGGCACCCUGCUGCUGCUGCUACUGCUGCUGAUGCUGCUGUAUAUAGUUUCUUUUUCUAUGUGUCCGCUCUCUCUUUAAUUUAAUGACAGCAAAUAAACCAGUUGGCCGUGCAUUCCCGGUGUGGUCUGCUGUUGGAAAAAGACCUUGUUGUGAGCUCUGAAGCAGGGCUCUGAAACCUACGGCCAGUGAGGCAUUGUUCUUCAAUAAAUGCAGAAACCCAGA